CUGCCUGCCUUCGUCCUCUUCCCUUUCCACACCGCGUUUCCUAAUACCUCGAAACUCGUCGCAUACUUUCACAAUGGGUGGUUCUCUUGAUCCUAAGAACGGAAUUUUCCUCGGCACGUGGGGUGACCUCGGCUGCCCUACUCCCCAGCGUAUCACCUCCUACUCCCUCUCUCCUAACCGUCAGCGCCCUCUCGCCGGUGCCGGUCACGCCGCUAUCUUCAACACCUUCCGCAGAUUCAGACACCAGGUCCUCUACGUCGUUCCUCCCUUCGUUGCCGCCUACGCCCUCAUGAACUGGGCUAUUGAGCGCAACGAGUACCUCAACUCCAAGCCUGGCCGCCUUCUCGAGGGUGGAAACGAGUAA